GAAGCAAGUCGUACAAAUUCGGCUUAUCGGAUAUCAUGGCAAGCCCAGCAGACAGCAUGAUGAGAUGCUCACCGCCAUGGGAGAUACUCUCCGGCGCAUCCACCAGCAAUGUCACGACAAAGUACCAACCGGGGGGCGGGACAGUCUCUGGGCUCUGCUGCUGUCCUCCUACGAGUUGAGGUUGCGACAAUAUGUCAACGACAUUCGUGCAAUAUUUGAGCUCCACAAAACCGCCUUCGAUGAUAUGGUCAGCACGCUCUUCGGAGCGCUGGAUGAGUUCCCCUCAGACCUCGACCGCGAGCUUGGAGACCACGUCAUCGCACUCUAUAGUCAAAUCUGCGCACUUCCAGCUCAGCAGAUGACCGUAUCAGACUUUGAGGCCGUCAUAUGGAAGGCCUCCUUGAUGCUACGGUUGCCCGGCUUCGAAGGGCGGCUAAGGCCUCUCCUCGGGGGUUCUUCGUUUGCGAAUAACCUCUAUAAGUGUCUCGUCCAACUGGCCAAACCGAAAAGGGCGUUUGACACCGCCGUACGGACUGCGCUCGCUUUCUCCACAUUUUCCUGCGUCACAGUCCAGCAGGGACUACCAGGCCCAGAGCGACUCCACCCUGAACCUGCGAGCCAGGCUCACAGUCGUACAUCGAAAAGCCCAAGCUUGCCGUUAAGCGUCGAGAAGUCUAAGCGCCUACAGGCGUAUGAAGCCGCGGCCAACAGCCCUUCAAAUUUGGUACCGGAUAUUUUUCAACUGGCUCUCGCCUUUCUUGCUCCCGAAGACUGCAACGUGGGCCAUAAGCGGUUGAUGCCAGUGGAAAAGCAACAGGCCUUCGAACUCCUCGUGUCGCUGCGUAACCGGGAGAACCCACGCCCGGGUACAUGCGCAUAUUACGCGUUCGGAUACCCAUCCGCCAGCAACGACGACGAGGCCAUGGCAUUAGGCGGUCUGUACGCGACGCUUCUACAAGUGGAAGGCCAAGAGAGACAGAUGUUCGAAGAAUUAUGGGUCGCCCUUCGUGAUAAUGCGUUAGUGGACUACUUCGACCAACGUGGGUGGCAGUGUUUUCGGCGCGAGAUCCCAUGCGCCGAAAAGUUCCUCAACACGCCUCCAAGCAGUAGAGAAACCGUCUGGCGGCUGAUCGAGUUCCUCCGGGAUGAGCAGGCCACCGAACCUCCCCGAGCGCUCAAACGCGACUAUGGAUUUCAUAUUUGCAAGACGCGCGAAGAGGUGAUCUUCUUAAAGGAUAUGCUCAAGGACCUCCUCGCCUCCCUAGGUCCUAAGAAAUUGCACGAGGCGUGCAUUCAUGGUAGGCUUCAAGAAAAAGCUGUCCGUGCCAAGGUCACCAUCAAACCGCAGUACCGGAGGCUUUUGCGGAAUCACUAUCCUUAUCCAGGUCUGGGCUAUGAGAAGUUUAAAGACGAGUACGAAUUCGCCGAGCCGCUCUUUAAGAGACCUCUGCGCAGAUAGCGGCUCGACACGCCGAACGAACAGUAAUAGAGGAUGAUGCCGAUGCGUUUCGGUACCCAUUCUCUACCCUAAAGGGUACGAUACCUUUAUUAUACAAACAUCAUCGCCCCAAGGCGAUUGGCCUGCGACUUGGGACCCAAACCACGAUCUUUGCCAAUUUCACAGCUUUUGUGUCCAUUAAUCUCGGAACUUGUACGGACAUCAAGACUCCAUUGCAUCUACUUGAUCGCAUCUUCGGAAUUUUCGAAAAAGCUACUCGAUUGAAUGAAUGGCGCUGAAGCCGUUCCAAAAGAAGUGGUCACGAAACCCACAUGCACUGAAUUGGAAACGUGCGGCUUCUUCAAUGUCUAAUUUUGGAAACCCCUCUCCGAAGGCGUCGAUUGCAUAUAAACCAUAGAUCAAUUCUGCACCCGUGGGUUUUGGAUGGGAGGCCACACUGUGGACUUUGUAAGAUCAUGCGAAUGGCUAGG